GAGCGCGCGAAAAUCCGCGGGAACCGCGCGUCCCGUCGCUUCCGCCGCCGCCACCUUGGUCGCCGCCCGCCCGGCUCCCGCCAUGGCGCAGCGCCGCCUCACCGACUUCUUCGCGCGCCGCCGCCCGGGGCCCGGAGCGCCGCUGCGGGCCAAGGCGGCCUGCCGCACCCCGAGUCCCGCCAAGCUCGCCAGGCUGUCGCCGCCGACCGGCCCUCCGGUCCCAGGCAGCGGCCGCAAGCGCGCGCGCCGGUCCCCCGAGUCCAGCGAGGAGUCGGCGCCGCCCGCGCGCAGGAGGCUGCGGCUGCUGGCCCCGGUUCCCGGCACCGGCUCCCUGGACAGCCCCCCGGCGGUGGCCCAGGACUUGCAGGAGGCCUGUCCCCAGCCCCCCAGGGCGGCCCCCGCAGCCAAGCCCGCCAAGGCCAAGUACAGCGCGUCGGAGCUCCGGUCUUGCCUGCGGCGGGCGCGGGCGCUGGGGGCAAGGGCGCGCGCGCUGCAGGCCAGUGCCCCGGAGGCCGCUGCCGAGCCCAGCGCGCCCAAGGCCCAGGAUGGGGACGAGCCGCCCAGCGGCUCGCAGGCGCCGGCCUACCAGCGCUUCCAUGCCCUGGCCCAGCCGGGCGCCCCGGGCCUGGUGCUGCCCUACAAGUACCAAGUGCUGGCCGAGAUGUUCCGCAGCAUGGACACCAUAGUGGCCAUGCUGCACAACCGCUCCGAGACCGCCACCUUCGCCAAGGUCCAGCGGGGCGUCCAGGACAUGAUGCACAAGCGCUUCGAGGAGCGCAACGUGGGCCAGAUCAGGACCGUGUAUCCCGAGGGCUACCGCUUCCGCCAGGAGCAGAACGUGCCCACCUUCAGGGACGGGGUCAGCAGGUCGCAAUACCAGCUCACUGUGGAGCCGCUGCUGGGCCAGGGAGCCAACAGUACAGCACCCCCGUUCACGGCCACCUGCCUGCUGCAGCGGCGACAGAUCUUCGGCCAGAACCUGCUGCGGCGCGUCCAGGAGCACCACCAGGCCUUCCUGGCCACCCUGAACCCCCCGAUGGCAGUGCCCGAGGAGAUGCUGAGACGCUGGCACCCACGCUUCAAUGUGGAUGAGGUACCCGACAUCGAGCCAGCUGAGCUGCCCCAGCCACCCGCUGCCCAGAGGCCCAGCACUGCCCAGGAGGUGCUGGCCCGUGCCCGCAGCUUCAUGUCACCCAGGAUGGACAAGGCCCUGCGUGACCUUGCUCUGCGCUCAGCUGAACCCAGCGGCCCCGAGCCUCCCAUCUCGGCUCUGCCGGCCACCCCACCAGCCACGCCGCCUCCAGUCUCUCCCAGUGCCCUGAAAGGUGUGUCCCAGUCACUGCUGGAGCGGGUGCGUGCCAAGGAGCUGCAGAAGCGCCUGGCACAGAUGACGCGGUGCCCAGAGCAGGAGCAGCGGCUGCAGCGGCUGCAGCGGCUACCUGAGCUGGCCCGUGUGCUGCGCGCUGUGUUCGUGGCCGAGCGUAAGCCAGCGCUCUCCAUGCAGGUGGCCUGUGAUCGGCUGCAGGACAGCUGUGGCAGCACGAGUCCCGGGGAGAUGGAGCAGUGUGUGCUGCUGCUAUCUGAGCUGCUGCCCGACUGGCUGAGCCUGCACCGCGUCCGCACUGACACCUACAUCAAGCUGGACAAGGCUGCUGACCUGGCUGGCAUCUUUGCCCGGCUGGCCCGCCAGGCCCGCGUGGAGGGGCUGUGAACUGCAGCCCCAGGUCUCCCUGUGUUGGGCCCUUUGCUGUCCCACCCGUGUCUGGACCAGGCCUGUGGACUGCCUGGCCAUUGGACACUGCACAGACUGGAGGUGGUGGCAGCUGUGCUGGCAGGGACUGCCGCAUGU